GUAAUAAAAAGAUAUAAAGCUAAAUUAUUGGUAUGGUUGGUUUCAGAACCGCAUAAACAAUAUAUUACACAUAUCACUAUCCUCUGCCUAUUUAUCAUUUCAAGUUAUGUUUACAUCAACUUGAUCCUCAAAUUAACACAGUGCUUCUAGUUAUGAGUUCUAGCGACGCGAUUUCGUGGCAUAAGAAAACAACUUCUUCAGAUCAUGAUCAGCUGGAUGAUCAAAGACUGCAAUUGAUCACUGCAAACAUGAACAGGAAGAUCAAGAAGAUGAAGAUUGAGAGCCGAAACGAUGCUGAUUCGAAACCAUACAAACUCGUGAGGUUUCAUGAGCUGCCGGAUUACAUGAAGGACAAUGAGUAUAUACUGAAUUAUUAUAGAGCUAAUUGGCCUCUUAAACAAGCUCUGUUCAGCAUUUUCCGGUGGCAUAACGAGACACUUAACAUCUGGACGCAUUUGAUUGGAUUUGUUCUGUUUCUGGGAUUGACAUUUACAAAGUUGAUGAAUCUGUCUUCGGUGUUCGAUUUGAUCCACAUAUUUUCGAGGUCUCCUUCAUCAAGAUCAGAUGACACAUACAAACUAUGGCCAUUUCUGGUAUUCCUAUCAGGCUCCAUGUUCUGCCUCCUGUCCAGCAGCAUCUGCCACCUCUUCUGCUGCCACUCCCGCCCUUUAAACACCCUAUUGCUCCGGAUUGACUACAUAGGAAUCGUCGUCAUGAUCAUCACCUCUUUCUUCCCUCCAAUCUACUACAUCUUCCAAUGCUCUCCACACUACCAGCUCAUAUACCUUAGCACCAUCACAAUCAUUGGCAUUUUCACUGUUGUGACAGUGCUCUCUCCAGCUAUGUCAACGAACAAAUACCGUCCAUUUAGAGCCUUGCUCUUCGGGGCAAUGGGGGGAUUUGGCUUGGUCCCUGCAGUUCAUGCUGUGGUUGUGUUUUGGAAUGAGCCAUUUAGAAAUGAGACAUUAGCAUAUGAAAUGGCUAUGGGAUUUUCAUAUGUAAUUGGGACUGUGGUUUAUGUCACUCGGGUUCCGGAGAGGUGGAGGCCUGGGUGGUUUGAUCUGGCUGGACAGAGUCAUCAGAUAUUUCAUAUUUUGGUGAUCAUAGCUGCAUUGGCACAUUAUGCUGCAGCACUUGUAUUCCUGGAUUAUCGAAGCAGUGUAGGAUGUGGAAAUGGUUGAUGUUACAACUUCAUUAAAUUUUACAAAUAAGUGCAAGCAAAUAUUGGCUCCUAAUAA